UCAGCCCCGUUCAGACUGGGCUGGGGUGGCCGCAGCUGCAGUGCAGCUGAUCGUGACAGUGAUGAUGGGCGACCGCCCCGAACAGCGACGGGGCAGCCAGCGAUGCCAGGGCUGCAGGGGUAUGAUAGACCCCGGGCCCUCCUCCCCCUCACAGCCAGCCCAUGCCUCCACCUCCAGUUCUGGAGGCCUUUGGGGGCUGAGAGUGAGUGAGGUGACAGAGUCCUGCAGAGGGUGACCGCCUGGUAUAGGACGCGGUGCCUACAAGAGGGCUUUUGGGGCUCCCUGGUUCCUGCUCCCCAUCCCCCUGUGAGCUGCAGCAGGACUGUCUUAUGCUCUGAGGUCAGGGUCCCCUCCUUUGCCUCCUUGUCUCCCCAGCCCUGGGUCCUGGGAGCAGGGCAGGGCCUCCCAGCAGUUUCCUUCCUUCCUUUCUUGGGACGGAAACCUGGCCGGUGGGGGACACCGGGCUGGAGCCUGAGAAGGGGAGGGGGGCUCAGCCACCACCCUGCUCCUCAAAGUGACUCAGCCCUAUGUCCCCACCCGUCCCUGGGGAGCCUGGGCCACAGUGGGAGGUGGAUAAAUGGGGUGGCAGCCUGGGCUGGCUGGAGAGCUCAGGCCACUCCAGCUGGACGCUCGCCGCUUGCCGCUUCUGUCCCGCCUCCUAUGGCCCGCUCUGGGAGUGCCACACCACCCUCCCCGGCCCCAGGAGCCCCUCCACGGAGCCCAUCCCGGAGGCUUGUGCAGGAUGUCAAUGGGCCCCUGAGGGAGUUGCGCCCGAGGCUCUGCCACCUGCAAAAAGGCCCCCAGGGCUACGGGUUUAACCUGCACAGUGACAAGUCCCGGCCCGGACAGUAUAUCCGCUCGGUGGACCCGGGCUCACCUGCUGCCCACUCUGGCCUCCGUGCCCAGGACCGACUCAUAGAGGUGAACGGGCAGAAUGUGGAGGGGCUGCGCCACGCGGAGGUGGUUGCCAGCAUCAAGGCACGGGAGGACGAGGCCCGGCUGCUUGUGGUGGACCCCGAAACAGAUGAGCACUUCAAGCGGCUGCGGGUCACACCCACUGAGGAGCAUGUGGAAGGUCCAUUGCCAUCACCAGUCACCAACGGGACCAGCUCGGCCCAGCUCAAUGGUGGCUCCGUGUGCUCGUCCCGAAGUGACCUGCCUGACUUAGACAAGGACACUGAGGAUGGCAGCACCUGGAAGCGCGACCCUUUUCAGGAGAGCGGCCUCCACCUGAGCCCCACUGCAGCCGAGGCCAAGGAGAAGGUGAGAGCCACCAGGGUCAACAAGCGGGCGCCGCAGAUGGACUGGAACCGGAAGCGAGAGAUCUUCAGCAACUUCUGAGCCCUCCCUGCCUGUUUCCUGCCGGGCUCCUCCUGCACGGACCUUGGGCCUUGCCCCUCGGGCCCACCCAGAGCUCCCCUCAGUGGACUGGAGGGGGCAUCCUUACCCCCCAAGCCGUGGUGGUCCCACCACCACCCAAGA